AUGUCGAUAGGGUUAUUUGAAAUCUCUAUAGCUUUUCUUUGUUUUCUCGUCUUCUAUUUCUUUCUCACCAGGAAACCAUUUGGUUACUUCCUCACCAAGAAAUACCUUGAAAGCAGCCCAUGGAACUGGCCGGUUCUAGGGAUGCUUCCAGGUGGGCUCUUGAGGCUCUACAAUCUCAGCAGCAUGGAGAUUCUUGAGAACUCUAACUUGAACUUUCAAUUCAAGGGACCAUGGUUUGCUGGAAUGGAUAUGUUGGUUACGGUUGAUCCAUCUAACAUUCAUCAUAUAAUGAGCUCAAACUUCUCCAACUACACCAAAAGUCGUGACUUCCAGGAAAUCUUUGAAGCUUUCGGAGACUCCAUCAUCAACACUAACUCGGAGCUAUGGAAGAAUCUGAGGAAGGCUUCCCAAACCAUGCUCAACCAUCAAGGGUUUCAAAGGCUUUCAAUGAGUAUCACAAGAAGUAAACUCAACGACGGGCUUCUUCCUUUUUUGAGUCAUUUUGCCGAGGAAGGGACGGUCGUGGACUUGCAAGAUGUGUUCCAGAGAUUUUCGUUCGAUGCAACAUUUGCUCUCAUAACCGGCUCUGAUCCUAGAUCUCUCUCCAUUGAAAUGCCUGAGGUUGAGUUCAUUAAAGCUCUUGACGUUGUUUGA